AAACUUACUCCAGGACACUUCCACCCCUGGGAGCAGCCCAGUCCACCCCUUGGUCCCUCCUGUCCCUCUGAGUGUGUCCUGGAGUGAAGGCGGGCAGCACCCGCCCUUUGGGGUGGCAGCGGCUCGGCUCUGCAGGCGGUGGGUGGGAAGAAGUGGCAGAGUCCAGGACUGUCGGGAUUCUGUCCGUCCGAGUGGGCCGCCUUCUCUCCGCUUUUCCCUGCAUCCCCCACUUUCUCCUGAUGCGAGAGGAAGGGAGGGAGCGAGCGUCCCGGCGGAGAGGGUGCAUGGGAGGCACCCUGCCCGAAACGUCCCAAGCCCGAGUGCUUGCGAGGGCGUCCAAGGAAUGCUGGAGUUUGGAGAAGGAAAUUGUGGCCCUGCCUUCUGGAGUCUGCCAUGGCUCAAGAGUCUCCCAAAAAUUCUGCAGCAGAAAUUCCAGUAACUAGUAAUGGAGAAGUUGAUGACUCCCAUGAACAUGGCUAUAAUAGGGAUUUAAAGUGUUCAUUACCAUCUGGACUUGGACUCUCAGAAACUCAAAUUACAUCUCAUGGCUUUGACAGUGCCAAAGAGGGGGUUAUUGAAGCAGGAGCAUCCCAAGGUUCCUCAGCACCACCUUUGCCGUCUGUUCUGUCUCCCAGCAGGGUUGCAGCUAGUCAGCUGGCUCAUCCAGGAGGCGACCUAACAGUUCCUGCAGGUGGCCAAAGAACACACACAAAAAGUGGACCAGUUAUUCUAGCAGAUGAAAUUAAAAAUCCUGCAAUGGAAAAGUUAGAACUUGUUAGAAAAUGGAGUCUCAACACAUACAAGUGUACUCGGCAAAUUAUAUCUGAGAAACUAGGCCGUGGCUCAAGAACUGUGGACCUUGAACUUGAAGCUCAGAUUGAUAUAUUAAGAGAUAAUAAGAAAAAAUAUGAACACAUUCUGAAACUGGCUCAAACGUUGUCAACGCAGCUUUUCCAGAUGGUACAUACCCAAAAGCAACUUGGAGAUGCAUUUGCUGACCUGAGUUUGAAGUCUCUAGAUCUCCACGAAGAAUUUGGUUAUAAUGCAGAUACCCAGAAGUUGCUGGCUAAAAAUGGAGAGACUCUUCUUGGGGCCAUUAAUUUUUUCAUUGCUAGUGUGAACACCUUGGUGAAUAAAACAAUUGAAGAUACACUAAUGACUGUAAAACAGUAUGAGAAUGCCAGAAUUGAAUAUGAUGCAUAUCGCACUGAUUUGGAAGAGCUGAACCUUGGACCACGUGAUGCAAACACUCUGCCAAAAAUUGAGCAGUCACAGCAUCUGUUCCAAAUACAUAAGGAAAAAUAUGACAGAAUGCGCAGUGAUGUUUCUGUCAAAUUGAAAUUUCUUGAAGAAAAUAAGGUUAAAGUGUUGCGCAAUCAGUUGGUCCUCUUCCACAGUGCUGUUGCUGCCUACUUUGCUGGGAAUCAGAAGCAGCUUGAACUGACACUUAAGCAGUUCCACGUCAAAUUGAAAACCCCUGGAGUGGAUGCCCCAUCUUGGCUUGAAGAACAGUAAACUCUCCUGGAAAAGAACAAACUGUAUUGUCAAACAGCUCAUAAACCUAGUAAGAAUUAAGUAGUGCUGGGAAGCGGUAAGGUGACCACCAUUGUAGUGGCUCUUGCACAGAGAGCUUUUAUUUCUCCCUUUUCAUACUAUAACAAUUGAACUGUUAAAUUUGAUGGGAAGGCAGGUAAUUUUUAUGUAAAAAUAAUUUCUAUAAUUCUAAACACAAUAAUUUUCCUUUUUAAGAAAUCCUUUUUGUAUGUAAGGGUUGUUGGCUAUUUCUGUAGUUUGAAAUAUUUAAUAUAGAUUUGCACUGACAAGAUAAAAAUUCAAGGCUUUUGGCCCCAGAAAUGAGGGCCAGCUAUAAUUUUCCAAGGGAGGUUUACAUGAUUUGUAUCAAUGUCAGGUAUUUUAUAUAUGAAUAUAUUCAACAAAAGAAGUAUGUCCAUGUAUUACCUUAAAGAAACAAGAAGCUAUUUUGCAGAGUAAGUUUUAUGGUGUCCUGUAGCGUCCACACAAGGGACAACUCAAAUGAAUGAUUGAUUAUGUAGAGAUUAUUGCAGAUACCUUUUUAAAGUUAAUCUGUACCACUGAAAUUCUGUUUAGAUAUUUUUAGAGAUCUGGAAAUCACAUGGUCAUAUUUUCAAUGACAUGUUUAAACUCAUGAAUUUGGUAAUUGUUUUAGUAAUUUUGAUUAAUAGUGAAACGUGUUUAAGAGAAGUAGAUGGCUUUUGUUUUUCUUUUUUCUU